UGACUCGCGGGCAGGAUUUUCAGGCAAGCUGGCCCAGAGCUUCCUCCAAAUCAGCUAGUGAACCCAAUCCUAAACCCAAGUGAGACCCAGACCCGCCCCCCAAUCCACCCACCCCGAUGACCUGAGGGCGGGCCCAUAUACCAUUGUUCGUCUCUUCGCUCUAGGAUCUGCGGGGACGGCCAUGCUCACCCUGAGCUCUUCCGUUUAGUUGUUCAAGGGUCGAGAAUUUCCGUCCCCUGCGCUCUCUUGCUCGCUCACAUUGGCUUGGCUCACCGGCCACAUCUUCCUGAAGUAGAAUAAAGUGAAUAAUACCGCUUAAGAGUAACAGCCGAGCUCUCAAGAUGAUGCCCACCAAAUUGAACUUCCGGGCCCGGACCCUAGAUGCGUCCAAACCGUUGGCCAUCUAUUGUUCAGAAGAUUUGCCGGAUCUGAACGAGAUCCAGGCCAUCAAUCGAUCCGUGCCGGCCAUGCCCUCGGGUAUGGAGAAGGAAGAAGAGGGCGAAAAGCAUUUGCAAGAUAUUCUGGUCCUCCAAGAGAAAGGCGCCCAUGAUGAUCGCGCCCUCUCGACCCUCGUCAUCCCCACACCCGAAGUCUUCGGGGCGGAUGUGUUUUACGAGGGCGUGUACAAGAGUGGAUUCAAGUUACCCCGGCAGUACUUGCACGUGCAACCGUUUUCUGCCGAUCACGACCAACCCGAUUAUGACAUGGACGAGGAGGACGAGGCGUUCUUGAACGACAAUCUCCGCGAGGAGAAGAAGUUCGAGAUCUCCGAGCUCACUUUCGAAGACAUGCUGGAUCGGUUGGAAAAGAACUCCGGGCACAAUGUGGUGUCGCCCAAGGAGGCCAAGCUCCUACUCAAAGAAGAUGACGAGCUCAUCAUGGCUGUGUACGAUUACUGGGUGGACAAACGUCUGCGAUUGAAGCAACCUCUCAUCCCGCAAGUCAAACAAGACAAGCGAGAUGGGAGCUCCGGUGCCAACAGCAACCCUUACAUAGCUUUCCGAAGACGCACGGAGAAAAUGCAAACCCGUAAGAACCGCAAGAACGACGAGGUGUCCUACGAAAAAAUGCUCAAGCUCAGACGUGAUCUGGGCCGGGCCGUCACGUUAUUGGACCUGGUGAAACGGCGCGAAAAGUACAAAAAAGAGAACCUCACGCUCACCCUUGAGAUUUUCGAAAAGCGGUACAGUUGCGGCGACUUCGAGGGCAAGGUCGUGCACGACUUCCUCGCCACUCAACGACAACAGCAAUCUAGGGUCCUCCAACCAGCUUACCAGAUGAAAUAUGCCGAGAAUUGGCCGACCAAUCAUCAACACCCAGCCUCGGCCGGGGGAUCGUCCUCGUCCAUUAGCUCCACUUCCAACAAGAGAUCCUACAACAAGAAGAAGCGCAUCAAAACCUCGCAAGGAGUCAAAAGCCACCACGGUGGCACGGGCCGAAACAGUGGUCCUGAAUUCGGCACGUCUGUGGGAAGUUCGGAUGACGAAGUGAGCGGUGCCGCGUCUGUGACCUCCCCCGAUGAUUUGGACGAUGAGGAAGUUAGUGGAUUCACGUUUAAGCGUAAGAAGAACUGCCACUAUUUGGCACCCAAGCUCGAUGAGCACGGUUUUGAGAUAGCUGGAGGUUGGCCGUGGGAACCCACGGUAGAUGGAGGAUUAGCCGAAUCCAAAUAUCGGUACUCCCUAGCGUCGCUCACCACGCCCAAACCUAGAUGCGUCGGCAUGAUUCGGCGAAGAGUGGGACGUGGUGGACGAAUCAUCCUGGAUCGAGCGUUUCACAACCAUGACGAGUUCUGGAACUCUCUCGAUUUCAACGUAUUCAAUCGCCUUUCCGAACCCUCAACGAGUGACCCGGACGACUUGAGCGAGUGGCCCCACUAUCGACCCGUUACUCCGCCUCAUGUCCAAGAGCCAACAGAGGGCUUUGAUGCCCAAAAAGUGUUUCGACUCAGUGACAGUGCAUCGGUGGGUCUUCCAACCCAACCCCUGAAACCCUGUGCUGCCAUGAUCAAUCGAUCGAGAACUAGUGGGGUACAUUCACAGACAAAGUUGGGCGCUAGCUCGUCCUCCAAUUCUUCGGGUUCUGUUAAAGCCAUAUCAGUGGACUCUCUUAUAGCGCAGAAUGCCGCUUCGGCUGUGGUCACCAAUGACAUGUUAGACAUAUUCAGUCCAGGACGAAUAUCGUCGUCGUCAUCAUCAUCAGUGUUACCUACUUGAACAGCAGUGUAAAAUGAGGGUCGGGAGAGACCCUGUGCUUGUUCUAUUCGUAUAUUACGAUUGGCUCACUUGGCUCGGGGGCAUUUUUACGCAUGAGCCCGUAUUCUUUCUUUAAAUUUGACUCAAAUCUCAUAAUCGAAAAUAAAGUUGAACCCGCCA